UCCUGACUGCUUGACUUUGUGAGCUGCAGUCACAAGUCAGCGAGGCGCUCUCCUUCAGCUGGCCGCCCGGUGCAGAGACCGAGAGCCAUGGCAGAGAAGCGGCGGUCUCCGUGCGCCCUGAGCGUCAAGGCGCACGCGUUCUCGGUGGAAGCGCUGAUCGGGGCCGAGAAACGACGCAGGACGAGCGGGGAGGAUGCAAUGUCUCCCGGGUACGAGGACGGAACUGAUGUUUCUGAUUUAACCGGGAGUCCCGGACCGCGGGCCGACAGAGCGUGCACCAGCGACCGGGGCAGCGAGGCGGAGUGCGCCAGUGACGGAUCCCCGGAGAGCGAGGACGCGCUGCUGGAGAGCCCGCAGCCCGCAGCGCUGUGCACGGCCUCGGUCACCGGGACCGGAGAGGAGACCCGGGUGGACCUGCAGGGAUCGGAUCUGUGGAAGCGCUUCCACGAGAUUGGCACGGAAAUGAUCAUCACCAAGGCCGGAAGGCGGAUGUUCCCUGCUAUGCGCGUGAAGAUUACGGGCCUGGACCCACAUCAGCAGUAUUACAUCGCCAUGGAUAUAAUCCCCGUGGACAACAAGCGAUACAGGUACGUGUACCACAGCUCCAAGUGGAUGGUGGCUGGGAACGCGGACUCCCCCGUGCCGCCCAGGGUGUACAUCCACCCGGACUCCCCUGCGUCAGGAGAGACGUGGAUGCGCCAGGUGGUCAGCUUCGACAAACUCAAGCUGACCAACAAUGAGCUGGAUGACCAGGGACAUAUCAUCCUGCACUCCAUGCACAAGUACCAGCCGCGCGUCCACGUGAUCCGCAAGGAGUGUGGAGAGGAGCUAUCCCCCGUGAGGGCCGUUCCCGCUGGGGACGGCACACACACCUUCUCCUUCCCGGAGACCGUGUUCACCACCGUCACGGCGUAUCAGAACCAACAGAUUACAAGGCUGAAAAUUGACAGGAACCCGUUUGCCAAAGGCUUCAGAGACUCUGGCAGAAACCGGAUGGGUCUGGAGGCGCUGGUGGAGUCCUACGCAUUCUGGCGGCCGUCCCUGCGAACGCUCACGUUUGAGGACAUCCCCGGCAUGGCCAAGCAAGGAGUCCCAGGAGCCCACGCAGGAGUCGGAUCCUCGUCCCACCUGCUCUCCACGUCGCCUUGCUCGUCUCCGUUCCAGGUUUGCCCCCUCAGCCCGCCGGACUACACCUGCAGCCGGCCCGCCCACCCCCUCCACCGCUACGGCAACCCGCCCGAGCCCUUCCCCCCUCCGAGGGGCCCGUCGGCGUUCGACGGCGAAGGAUUCUGCUCCCUCCCCCUCCCCGCCAGCCAGCUGGGCUACCUGUCCAACCACGCCCCGCAGGGCUACGCCGGCCUGCGGCUGCACACGCCGCCCUACAGCCUGUACGGCUACACAUUCCCGCCAUCCCCGCGCCUCGCCGCCAGCCCCGACAAGAUGGCCGCCGCCGCCACCGCCAACCACCAGAGCCCCUUCCUGGGCUCGUCUCCCAGCGGGACUCUAACGGACAGUCUAGGCGUGCUCGGCGGAGGACAGCAGGGCUUCCUGUUUGACUCUCGAACUUUGGGGCUGUCCGGGAGCCAGACGGGGGGCGGGGCCUCGCAGGUCACGGCCCACAUGGGCUGAAU